AUGACGAUCCAGAUACGUAACGGAGGUUCUCCCGUCGCUACCACCGCCGUCCUUAACGCCCCCGUCGCUAACGCCGCCGCCUACUCCACUUUCAACUCCCUUCGCCUCGGCCGAGCUGCUCAAACCGUCGUUUGUAGGCUCAUCCGUUUCUGGGAUUCCAGGAACGUCACCAAAAACAAUGAGAUUUUUGGGAUAACGAUUCUCCUCCUUGAUGAAUUGGAUUCUGUGAUUCACGGGUUCAUUCCCGCUAACCGGGCCAGCCACUACCGGAACGAUCUGAAAGUCGGUUCUAUUGUAAGAUUGGACUGCUUUGAAGUUGCGUGUGUGCCUCACAUGUACAAGGUUACUGAGCAUCAGUUCGUGCUUCGUUUCAUCCCUUCAACACGUAUGGGUGAGGUUCAGACGGACGCUCCUGUGAUCAAGUUCGACAGAUUCAUGGUCCGACGUUAUGAUCAUCUUCAAGUUCUUGCGAACACUAACCUAGAGCUCCCAGGGUUCCGAUCUGAAGAACACUGCAGCAACCACCAGAGUUGUGGUCCGCCUCUUAAAUGA